AUAGGAGAGAGAGUCUGCUCCGCGCCAGCACACACAGGUAUAUAUAGGAGAGAGGGUCUGCUCUGCACCAGCACACACAGGUAUAUAUAGGAGAGAGAGUCUGCUCCGCGCCAGCACACACAGAUUCCGACCGACACCAUGAACAGGCUUCUCGCCCUGGCGGUCCUCCUGGUCCUCUGCUGCUGUGGCGCCGACAGUCUCCCCACAGAAGCCCCCCAGGAGGCCACGGACCCCCUGAAGACGGUCAGCGACACCCUGUGGUCUUACUAUGACCACACCAUGAAGACGGCCUCGGGCUGGGUGGACCAGGCCAAGAGCUGGAAACUGGACGACAAGGCCAGGAAUGCUUAUGAGGAGACUUCAAAGGCUGUGACCACGUACGCUGGAAUCCUGAAGGACCAAGUUUACCACAUCUUAUUCACCCAGUAACCCCCUCCAGAACCCCCCCUGCCCCCUGCCCCCUGACCCCUGACCCCCGAGAAAGACUCUCAGCACGGGGCGCCAGCCCUGCCCCUGACACCCCUGAGGCAGCCGGGCAGCAGCCUGGACUUCUGGGAAGAGCUUUGGAGUGCCAGCUGGAGGGUCACGGGUUCACAUCCGAGGUGGGGGCACAGCUUGCAGCAUUGUACCCAGAAUACUCCAGCUGUGCCACACGGGGACCGGACUCAUGCAAAGAACAAAACAAUAAAGGGGGCAUCUUCAGCCCCUGUAAGUCGCUUGGGAAAAAGCCGCCGACCAACUUUAUUAAUUAAGCAUAAGGACUACAAAUUCAGAGCCUUAAGACAUCCUAAUCCCAGAGACAAUCUCCAGUUUUCCGUAGGGUGCUAUGGCUCUCUCUCUUGACGGGGGUGACAUCACUGCGAGAGCAGCCCACAGACACAGAGCCGUUCGACAGCUCUCCCACGUCCUCCUCCAGUCACAGACUGCGGCCGUCUCCACAGUGUGGACGUGCGGUCCUCGGUCCUGAUUCCUGACCAUCACGGGUGCUUUGUGAUCCGCCGCUGGGCUCUGAGCUGGAGAGCGUGAGACAAACACACCCCUCCCACACGCAGGCACACACACACACACACACACACACACCCUGUCUCCCGGAAUCCCUCGUCUCCUGGCGCUAGCCUGCGUGCCGCCUCGCUGAGCUCUUGCAAUAAAAUCUUUGCGUUUGUACAAACA